CGGAUGAGUUGAGAAGAAAGGCAUGUGCUUUGUGUGGAGCCAUGAUCACCCGCGUUCUUGAUAAAAAUGCACACAAUAUUCAUCGUAUUUGCGGGUACCACUACGUAAAUUUCUGAAUGUGUUUAUCUUCUACUGUGGAAGUCAUUUCACCCCCAUUCCUAGGGUGUGAGGCUCAUCAUUUAUUGAGCUAACGAUAUGGAAACAUCAAAAGAGAAAUGUGUAACUUGUAGCUGAUGAUGUCACACAGAGGAGGCUGAUACCUCAAUGGUAGUACACUGGAGCAGGCAUUCACUAUAAUGGAAUUCAUUCCCAAUCAUAAAAACCUGACAGGGGACAUAACUUACCAGUGCAUCAAAAACUGUAUCAGGAAUUGAAUCAAGUAUAAGUGGUUGCAAGUAAAACAAUUUGAUUGCUGUUUCAUCUUAAGGUAGGUGACUAUAAUUCAUCUAUGGCCCAAAAAUGAUUCUUUACUGAAGAAAAGGUAAUUAUGUUUCAAAGAUUUCACAGCGUAGGGUGAAUUUAGGAUACAGCAUUUGUACAACAUUUGGUUCCGAACUUAAAAUUAAACAUAAGCAUUCACAAAAAUUGACAGCUUCGUGAAGAUUAACGCUAUGGUUUCUUUUUAGUCACCUGAAAUUAAAAGUUUAUUCUUGCCUCCAGGAAAUUCCAUGGACAUGAGAAUCAGUUUCACGAUGAAACUAUUCUUGUUUUUAACACUCAUUGCAACUGGUAACUCACAGGAGAACAAAACAUCACCUGAUCCGGCAGAGGUUCAUGCAAGCAGUCUGUUUACAAGCAUUUCAAGAUGCAUUUUAUAUCGAUAUAUACCGAAUGAUGAAGAUUCUACGGGAAUGGUGUUACUAGAAAAAAGCAACAAUGACUACUCAUUCAAAAUCGAAGAGUUCAGUAUUUCGUACAGAUACAUCCCAUGUCGAGAGAAUUGGAACACACUAACAACAGUGUUUGAAAGCCACAAACAUUUCCUUCAAGGACAAAUUGUACGUCUGAAAAAUUUUGCAAAUCAAUGCCAAAUAGAGCGGAACCAACACAAGAAUGAAACAGAAGCACAGGCAAAUCAGCUAAACGAAGAAAAACAUUAUCAAGAAUUUAAUUUAACUGAAUGCCUAAAUGAAUUAAAAAACAAACGCCUAUGGUUUCAGUCUCAAAUGAAAAAUUGCCAAGAUUCAAAUAAUCAUUUAGGUGAGAAAAUUGCAGCCAUUGAAAUGGAGAUUAAAAAGUUAGAAUUAGACUUGGCUUUGUGUUUAAUUGAAGAUAAAAACAAAGAACUAUUAAUUAAAGCUGAAAUGGAAAGCUGUCAACACCAAAAUUCAAUGUUAAACGAAACGAUUGCAAUCUGCGCUGUGGAAAAAUCUAAAUUAAGAUCAAGUUACAACGAGUGUCUUGUUGACAGAAAAAACCAGUCACUACGUUUUGACACGGAAAUAAAAAAUUGCCAAAGUUUGAAAAACUCCCUGAACAAGCAAUUUUUAGACUGUGAAACUGAAAAGGAAGAUCAACAACUCAGUUUGAACGAGUGCCAAACAAAGAACUGGACGCAAUCUCUAGAAACUGAACUGGAAAAAUGCCAACAUUUGUUUUCGAUAUUAAACGAAAAAAUCUCAAGUUGCAAUGCAUCAAACACGCUCCUUGAAUCCAACUUGACUGGAUGUUUGAACGACUUUAACAAGAACGUUUCAUUGUUUAACGCUGAAAUAAAGAAUUACCAGAGUGCGAAUUCCUCUGGAAAUGAAAAGCUUGUCAUCUGCGAAGCCGAAAAAAGAAAAGCGAAUAACAGUUUGAUUGGAUGUUUAAAUGAAGGUGAAAAUAAAACAUCUUUGUUGGAAGCUGAAAUCGACGAACUACAGAAAAAUAAUUCAGCAUUAAAUGUGAAGGAGUUGGCCUGUUCUACGGAAAAGACAAAGAUAGGAUCAAACUUAACUCGAUGUUUAAACGAUUGGGAAAACAAAUCCGAGCAGUUUGAAGCCGAAGUGAUUCAAUGCCAAGACUUGCGCGAUGCCCAAGACGAGAAAAUGCUAACCUGCGAAAAGGGAAAAGAGAAAAUGGUUGCCAAUUUGACAGCAUGUUUAAAUAUCGAGGACGAUGAAAAUCUACAGAAGGCAAUGGCUUACGCCAAGAAAUAUCAAGAGCUGAGUCUCCUGUAUAAAAAUAAAUCUGAAACGUGUGACGUGGAGUCAAGAAAACUGGAAACUAACUUAACUGAAUGUCUAACAGAAGGUCAAAAUGAAGUAAUUCUAUUGGAAGAUGAAAUAAAAAAUUAUCAGAGAUUAAAUUAUUCCUUGAGUGACGAGAUUUCAAGAUGCAACACUGAAAAGUCUCAAAUCAACUCUCAACUUGUUGGGUGUAUAACUGAUACUAAAAACAAAACAAUGCUUCUAGAAACUACGCGUAACGAAACUCAAACAACGAAUUUGACAUUAAAUGCGAAAAUUGCAGCGUGUAACAAAGACAGAACAGAAAUAAUGCUAAACUUGACUAAAUGUCUGAACUAUGAAAAGGCAGAAGCAGAGAAUAAUUUGAGAAAAGCUCCAUUCAUUGAAUACAUGGCUUCCUUCUGGAAAGGAUCAUCAUUUUUCAUCAAGAACGACAAGCCUUCGUAUGAAAGCAUCGUGGAUUACGAUCGAUAUAAUGUAGCCCGUCUGGGGCUUUUCCCACUAUCCGGCAUUGCGCCACUCAAACCAGAGUUUGGACCAGUUCUUAAUGACGUCCUUUCUUUUCGAUACCCAAUCGGUAUGCCAGCGUGUCCCUCGUCGAGCUUACCAAGUUUAUUCAUUGCGAUCAUAUCAAGUCCAGACAGUUUUGGAAAACGGGAUCAAAUACGAAAAGAAUUGCGAACUGCAAUCGCUUCUAAAAUGGGUGUGCUUGGUAAAAUCAGCUUUGGUUUUUUCUUGGAACUAACGAGCAACCCUUUGACGCAAACAAAACUCGAAGAAGAAAGUAACGUUGAAGCUGAUAUAGUUCAGAUAAAUAUAAUUAUAAAGUCGUACAGAGAUUCAACACAAAAAAUGGCUGCUGUAUUUAACUGGUUAAACAGAAACUGUUCGGCUGUCAGUUUCAUAUUCAAGGUGGAAGAAGACGUUAAAUUUGAUUUGGCAAAGUUGAUUCAAAUUGUUAAGAACUAUGCUCAAUCGCCCCUGUUUUCGAUAGGCGUAUUGGCAGAUAAUGGAACCUCAACAAAUCGAGAAGGUGGUUCGAGAUCAAUGACAUACGAAGAAUUUCCUUGGAAUAAUUAUCCUACAUAUUUUAAUGGGUCUGCUUACUUCUUGCAUGGCACUUCAGUUCUUCCUUUGUUGGCGUGCUUUCAGACGACGCCCAUGUUUCCAUUUGAGGAUGUUUACGUGACUGGACUUUGUAGGCAAAAAGCGGGCAUGAAGAGAAUAGACUGCCCUGGUACUGUUGCCAACAAUUUCUGUUAUUGACGCAAUAUACAAACACAUUUUAUCAUAAAAAUGCGUUUAAAUUACGAGGGCAUUCCUCGUGCCCUAUGCAAAUUCCAAAAAUUCCAUGCACUUUAGCAAGGCAUCGGCAUUGGCUCUACAAUACAAGUCGU